GUGACAUUGUUUGCGGGAUCUAUUUAAGCAUAUUUAAAGAAAAUAAAAUAAGUUGAAUAAUUGUUCGCGUAUGGUAUAUCAGACUGUUAGAACUCUCUAGACUCUGUCUCCCUAUAAUUUCCUUUGUCUCAAGUCUAUUUUGCAUCAAUCAAAUUAGCAAAACCAACGAAAUCCUUCAAGAAUUUGACAAUUUGCCUUCUCUUAAAUCAUAAAAAAUCUCUCAUUUUCAUCUCAGCUAGCCAGUGUUCUUGCAAAAAGCCCCCAUGGAAGACGACUUCGAUUUCCCAACAGCCAACAACGUGGAGGAAGACGAGAUGGGCAUCCCAGAAGAUGACCCAGUCAACUCACUUCUCGAAGUCGGCGAGGAGAAAGAGAUUGGGAAAAACGGGUUGAAGAAAAAACUGGUUAAGCAAGGUGAAGGAUGGGAUACUCCCUCCAAUGGUGAUGAAGUUGAAGUGCAUUAUACUGGAACUUUGCAUGAUGGAACCAAGUUUGAUUCCAGCCGCGACAGAGGGACUCCUUUUAAGUUCAAGCUUGGCCUAGGACAAGUAAUCAAGGGCUGGGAUGAGGGUAUCAAAACAAUGAAGAAGGGUGAAAAUGCCUUUUUCACCAUACCUCCUGAGUUGGCAUAUGGUGAAUCUGGAUCGCCUCCAACUAUUCCUCCUAAUGCAACACUUCAAUUUGAUGUGGAGUUGCUUUCUUGGACUAGCUUCAAGGACAUAUGCAAAGAUGGAGGAAUCUUCAAGAAAAUACUUGUUGAAGGGGAGAAAUGGGAGAAUCCUAAAGACUUGGAUGAAGUAUUUGUUAAGUAUGAAGCUUGUUUAGAAGAUGGCACACUGGUUUCACAAUCUGGUGGACUGGAGUUCACUGUUGGAGAUGGCUAUUUCUGCCCUGCAUUGGCGAAGGCAGUCAAAACAAUGAAGAAAGGGGAGAAAGUUCUUUUGAUUGUGAAGCCACAGUAUGCAUUUGGUGAAGAUGGUAGGCCAGCAUUGGGCAGUGAAGGUGCUGUUCCUCCAAAUGCUACUCUUCAUGUUACUCUUGAGCUGGUUUCUUGGAAGAGUGUUUCGGAUGUCACAAAGAACAAAAAGGUCUUGAAGAAGAUCUUGAAGGAGGGAGAGGGUUAUGAACGACCACAUGAUGGAACAAUAGUUCAAGUUAAAUUUAUUGGAAAGCUGGAGGAUGGGAAGAUUUUUGUGAAGAAGGGACAUGAUGAUGAACUUUUUGAGUUCAAAAUUGAUGAAGAACAAGUUAUUGAUGGGCUCGAUAAAACUGUGAAGACCAUGAAGAAAGGAGAACUUGCACUUAUCACUAUUCAGCCAGAAUACGCGUUUGGUUCGUCCGAAUCACAGCAGGAGUUGGCUGUUGUUCCUGCAAACUCGACUGUGUAUUACGAGGUUGAGAUGGUCUCUUUUGUGAAGGAGAAAGAAUCUUGGGACAUGAAUGCUCAGGAAAAAAUCGAAGCUGCUGGGAAGAAGAAAGAAGAAGGGAAUGCUUUAUUCAAGGCAGGUAAAUAUGAAAGAGCAUUGAAAAGAUAUGAGAAGGCUUUUAGGUUCAUAGAAUAUGACUCUUCUUUCAGUGACGAGGAGAAGCAGCAAGCUAAGAUGCUAAAAGUAACUUGCAAUCUCAACAAUGCAGCUUGCAAAUUGAAACUCAAAGAUUACAAGAAGGCUAAGAAACUGUGUACUGAGGUUUUAGAACUUGAUGAUAGAAAUGUGAAAGCACUAUAUAGGAGGGCUCAAGCAUAUAUGGAACUUGUUGAUUUUGAUUUGGCUGAGGCAGAUAUUAAAAAGGCCCUGGAGAUUGACCCCGACAACAGGGAUGUGAAACUUGAGUACCGAGUUCUAAAGGAGAAAAUUAGACAGUACAACAAGAAGGAUGCACAGUUCUAUGGUAACAUAAUUGCAAAGAUGAGCAAGUCAGAGCAAGAAAAGGCAACCAAAAAGGAGCCAAGGCACAUGACCAUUGGUAGAAAGGUUUGCAGAUUGCCGGUUCUUUUGGUUUGCAUCUUUCUGAUACUUCCUGUGAUUGCCGCCGUGAUUUGGCAAAAAUGGUCAGAUCCCCUUGUCGAUCGGGUAGUUAUGUGAUGUUCAAAGAUAGCGCCCUUUAAGUGCAUGUAUUUGCAGCUGAAAAUAACCAAAGAUAAAAUGAUCUCAAAGUCUUAAACCACUUUGGGUAAACAUGUUCAAGUUCAAAGAUAAAGAGUCGUACUUUAUAAUAUUGUAUCAUGACCCUAGAAUUUGUUUGGAUAACUUUUAUGUGAUGAAAUUGAUGACGAUUGUAAUUAAGCCCCAGUGUUAUAAAAUGAACAAUUUUUAUUCAAA